AUGGAUGAUCUCGGCAUGCAGUGUUGCUUCAACGUCACUUCCAUGGAGGCCCUGGCAUGUGCAACGAACUUAUCCUACAGCGAGCACUUCGAAGUUGAGUUGCAGCCGUUCCAGGUCAACCUGACGAUUGACAUUCCUUCAUACUCCUGCCGAAGGCAAUUCUUUUUCGCCUUUGAACAUGACGACCUUGUAGCUGGAUGGUGUGGAAGCUACCGGCCUAUUCCUGACAAGCUUCACAUCACCACUGUCGCUGGCACCUUUUAUGACCCAUCAGAUAACAUAAACACCGGUCUUCUAGCAGCUCUACUUAAGACGUCAAUUAAUGGGUGGGACUCACAUGAAGAGUCUCUUGGAGAGUUCCUAGCCCUACCAAGAGGUUCUAGCCAACACACCCUCUGA